AUGUUCCUCCAACGUACAGCCUCCGCCCUUGCGAGGCGCUCGCCUGCCCGCGCUUUCACCCUCGCCCAGCGCCCUUUCUCUUCCUCCAUCGUUCGUUCCAACGAGAAGAAGUGGGCUCCUAAGCAGGAGGGCAAGAUCCUGACCUUCGAAGAGAUCAAGGUCGAGGAUGACCUUCUCCCCCCGGGUGCCAAGUCCGGUACCAUUCCUACCGACCUCGACCAGUCCACCGGUCUCGAGCGUCUGGAACUCAUCGGAAAGAUGCAGGGCAUUGAUAUUUUCGACAUGCGUCCUCUCGAUGCUUCUCGCAAGGGCACACUCGAGGACCCCAUCAUCGUCUCCGGUGCCGGUGAUGAGCAGUACGCCGGUUGCACCGGUUUCCCCGUCGACUCCCACCAGGUUAACUGGCUGACCGUCUCCCGUGAGCGUCCCAUCGAGCGCUGCUUGGAGUGCGGCAACGUUGUCAAGCUGAACUACGUCGGACCCCAGGAGGACCCCCACUCCCACGACCACGACCACGGUCACCACCACCCCCCUCACGUCGAGCCCAAGACCUUUGCCGACUACGUCAAGCCUGAGUACUGGUACCGGUAA